UUCAUGAGAUAGGUUAGAUUGCUCAUAUCAAGCCCUAGACCAGCGAAAUCUCGAGCUCAUCAGCCAUGGCGGACGAGAUGGGUUUCCUUCGGAGGCAUUUUGAGGAUGUGAAGGAGCACUGGAGAUCCAACUUCUCUUAUCUUGAUUACUACAAGAAGACGCUGGGCCGCCGAGAGCCGCUGCCCAAGUGGAACGACGCCGAUGUUGAGGAGUUCAUCGCUUCUGAUCCUGUUUAUGGUCCUCAGUUGAAAGCAUUGAGAGAAUCAAAGAAAUAUGGUAUUGCUGGUGCCCUUCUUGGUGCAGCUCAUCUGGGGGGAAUUUCGUGGAAAUAUUCAAAGAGUCCCCAUGGUUUUGUCUUCGCUACUGGAUUUGGUGCUCUCUGCGGUGGUGUAUUUGGCCUAGAAGUUGCUGAACAUGUCAAACAGCUCUACAAGUUUGACAAACAAGCUGCUAAUCUCAGGUUUCUCUACUGGUGGGAGGACAAAACUCUAGGAAGCCAACAGUUGUCGUCCAGUGCCCCGCGCAACUGAGACUCUCCAUGUGUUCGGCAGUGUAAUAAGCAUCAGGAUGAAGAUUGCAAGCCUCAGGAUUGCAGCAAUUGUAUUCCCUGACUUCCAGUUUUCUACCUUAAUAACAUGGCCUGCUGUAAUGUCCCGUUGAAAAUCUUAUUGGACCAUAUGUUACAAUUGUAAAAGCUCUGUUCUUUGUCCAAGCAGAGGUGGUUUUACUUUUGUGUUCUUUGAUGGCUUAUCUUGGCCCAAUUAAAUGAACUAUUGAGACAAGGCCAAUCUGUGCAUGGACUGAAUGCUAUCAAUCACACCCCAGUUUUAUCAUCCAAA